GAUAACUUUUUUACUUAGAAUACAGGGCAAUGGUUAUGGGAAGAAGUGAAGUAUUCUACAGAAUCAAGACCAUGACUGUGUGUUUUAACGUGGCAACAUGGUUUACUUUGUGCCAUGUGCUGAUCCUGUCAGUGACCUCAACUGACCUUGACCUGACUGGAGAUCAAAUUCCCGUAGCUGAGGGAGCCGUGCUAACACUUUCCUGCAACAGAACAAUCAAAGAUGUCGCAACGUUAUUGGCUGUAAGAUGGUAUAGAAACACAGAGAAGAUAUUGCAAACGCUUCUGAGAGGAGACCUCCUAGAUACCACAAACACUUCUGGAUAUGAUGAGGUCUCAGGACGUAUUCGUGUGAAAACUAACGAACAAACACACACGGUGAUGCUACAGAUCAACUCUAGUCUGGAUGACGGGUCUGUGUGGAGAUGUGGCGUGGACGUCUACUACAGUAACAACCUGACUGUUGAAGUCCUGAUUCCUACAACAACAGUUACAACACCUUGGAAUGGACACACACCUGAAAACACGUUGGUCACCACAGCUGCUCGCCAUGGCUCUACUUCAACAGAUAAAUCACCUUCUGGUAUCUCAAAUGUCUACGCUAUAGCUGGGUCCAGUGGAGGUAUAGUCAUCGUAAUGGUCCUCGUCGUAGUUGCUGUUGUCUGUUUUAAACAUAUUGCAGCGGGCAAAGAUGAAGACACAGGGAUAGUGAAAGGUCAUAAUAAAACUGAAGAAACUGGAAACCACAUUGUGAUGGUGGACAACGCUGGAUAUGUUGGCCUUGAGGUGGAUGAAGGUGACACAACUACAGAGAGGGCAGCACAACUAGGCAGUGUAUCAGGUUUGAUUCCCAAGAACAGGGGGUCAGUUGUGAACAACGAAUAUACCAGUACAGAUGUGAUCACAGGAACCACUGGAUCGGAUGUGAAGAACGAAUAUACGACUAUCGAUAUAGUCGCCGAAAUCCAAUGGCCAGAUGUGAAGAACGGAUAUACCACAAUCGAUGUGAUCACCGAAGCCACUGGGUCAGAUGUGAAGAAUGAAUAUACCAGUAUAGAUGUGAUCAACGAAGAUACUGGGUCAGAUGUGAAGAAUGAAUAUACCAGUAUAGAUGUGAUCAACGAAGAUACUGGGUCAGAUGUGAAGAAAGAAUAUACCAGUAGAGAUGGGAUCACCGAAGCCACUGGGUCGGAUGUGAAGAACGAAUAUACCAGUACAGAUGUGAUCAACGAAGAUACUGGGUCAGAUGUGAAGAAAGAAUAUACCAGUAGAGAUGGAAUCACCGAAGCCACUGGGUCAGAUGUGAAGAACGGAUAUACAUCUAUCGAUAUGGUCACCGAAACCACACGGUCAGAUGUGAAGAACGAAUAUACCAGUACAGAUGUGAUAACCGAAGCCACUGGGUCAGAAGUGCAGAACGAAUAUACCAGUACAGAUGUGAUCACCGAAGCCACUGGGUCGGAUGUGAAGAACGAAUAUACCAGUACAGAUGGGAUCACCGAAGCCACUGGGUCGGAUGUGAAGAACGAAUAUACCAGUACAGAUGUGAUCACCGAAGCCACUGGGUCGGAUGUGAAGAACGAAUAUUCCAGUACAGAUGGAAUCGCCGAAACCACUGGGUCAGAUGUGAAGAACGAAUAUACCAGUACAGAUGGAAUCAGCGAAGCCACUGGGUCAGAUGUGAAGAAUGAAUAUUCCAGUACAGAUGGAAUCGCCGAGGCCACUGGGUCAGAUGUGAAGAAUGAAUAUACCAGUACAGAUGGAAUCGCCGCGGCCACUGGGUCAGAUGUGAAGAACGAAUAUACCAGUACAGAUGGAAUCACCGAGGCCACUGGGUCAGAUGUGAAGAAUGAAUAUUCCAGUACAGAUGGAAUCGCCGAGGCCACUGGGUCAGAUGUGAAGAACGAAUAUACAAGUACAGAUGGAAUCAGCGAAGCCACUGGGUCGGAUGUGCAGAAUGAAUAUACCAGUACAGAUGGAAUCAGCGAAGCCACUGGGUCGGAUGUGCGGAAUGAAUAUACCAGUACAGAUGGAAUCACCGCGGCCACUGGGUCAGAUGUGCGGAAUGAAUAUACCAGUACAGAUGGGAUCACCGAAGCCACUAGGUCGGAUGUGCGGAAUGAAUAUACCAGUACAGAUGGAAUCAGCGAAGCCACUGGGUCAGAGGUGAAGAACGAAUAUACCAGUACAGAUGGAAUCAGCGAAGCCACUGGGUCGGAUGUGAAGAACGAAUAUACCAGUACAGAUGGGAUCACGGAAGCCACUGGGUCAGAUGUGAAGAACGAAUAUACCAGUGCAGAUGGAAUCACCGAAGCCACUUGGUCAGAUGUGAAGAACGAAUAUACCAGUGCAGAUGGAAUCACCGCGGCCACUGGGUCAGAUGUGAAGAACGAAUAUACCAGUGCAGAUGGAAUCACCGCGGCCACUGGGUCAGAUGUGAAGAACGAAUAUACCAGUGCAGAUGGAAUCACCGAAGCCACUGGGUCAGAUGUGAAGAACGAAUAUACCAGUACAGAUGUGAUCACCGAAGCCACUGGGUUAGAUGUGAAGAACGAAUAUACCAGUACAGAUGGGAUCAUCGAAGCCACGGGGUCAGAAGUGCAGAAUGAAUAUACCAGUACAGAUGGGAUAACCAAAGCCAAUGGGUCAGAUGUGAAGAACGAAUAUACCAGUGCAGAUGGGAUUACCGAAGCCAACCCGUACACGGAACCAGUACCCGGCUGUAUCGUCACUGACGGUGUCCUGAAAGACACAGAUGAAUACAUCACCGCCACAUUUGAUUCUACUGAACACAUCGAAUAAAAAAACAAUAUAAUUUCACAAUUUGGAGAUUUCAGGACCAUUGAUGUACGCAAUGUUCAGAUAGGUUAACUAUGUGAAACAGUCUAAGCUUCAUGUAAUAUACAGUGUAUAUAGCGCCGUGCUUGAUGCUCACAUAUUAUUUCUUGAUACCGAUUGGACCAGUUUUGCAAUGUUCUUUUGCAAACUCCAGGAGCAGCAUUUACGGACCAAAUGUUUGGAGUGAGGUUGAUGGACGGAGAUUUACAUUUGAAAAGCGAUGAAUGGAGAUUACGAGAUCAAAAUUGAAAGUUGGAGAUAAAUUAGAUGGAGAUUGAUAGGUGGUAAUUUGAAGUUGAAGAU